GCCACGGAAAAAAACGUCAUACAAAUGUGAGGUUAUGAUUCUUGUUGACCACGCGAUUGCCGGGGGAGUUGUUUUUAUAAUUUUCUUUGGUAUUUUCCGCAAGUUUUCCUAUUUUUAUCGUGCUAAGUUGUUGGUAAAAUGAGUUUCGCAAGUCCAAAGAGUGUGGUUGAGGAGAAUGACACGGUGAUAUUGUAUUUAUCGAUCAAUAAUAUGCAUGCAAUACAAGUUACUCCCAAAUUGACAAACAAGGAUGGAAAGCUGGUAGACAAUGUUUUCCAGACCCAAUUUGGGGCACUCAGAGUAAUCAAUCUCGUAGGAGCACAAUAUGGAUCGAAGGUGAAAUUAACAAAGGGAUGGGCAUAUGUUUUGCAACCAAACCCGGAACUGUGGACUCUUACAUUGCCACACAGAACACAAAUCAUCUACACACCCGACAUCAGUAUGAUCCUUUACCAGCUAGAAAUUAAGCCAGGAAGUGUUGUAAUAGAAUCAGGCACAGGGAGCGGCUCGCUCUCUCACUAUCUCAUUCGUGCCGUCAAGAGCACCGGACACUUGCACACCUUCGACUUCCAUGAGGUGCGAUCGCAAAUGGCACGGGAGGAAUUUCAGCAGCAUGGAAUUGGUGAUUUUGUGACAGUUUACCACAGAGAUGUAUGCGCUAAUGGAUUCACGGAAGCACUCAAUGGGGCCGUCGAUGCUGUCUUCUUGGAUCUUCCAGCGCCAUGGCUUGCUGUUCCACACGCUGUCACUGCCUUCAAGUCCUCAGGUGGCAGAUUUUGCUCGUUCUCACCAUGCAUUGAGCAAUCACAGCGUUGCUGUGAGGCACUCGACACGCAUAAAUUUGUUGAAAUACAAACUAUGGAGAUCAUACAUAUGGAGAGUAUUGUGAAGCCAAAGUAUAUUCCAACACUGGACUUGGACUUUGUUAAACAUAAGAAGACCGAAAGUCAGAAUGGCGAGAAGCCAACGGGAAGUUCACUGGAAAUGAGGAAAAUUGUAACUGCUACCCAUCCACACAAUCUUCCAGGUCACACCGGAUAUCUCACGUUUGCGACUUUUCCACCGAAACGUUCGUGAUAACGACAUAAGCCAGAUGAUCUCAACUUCCACGAAAUAUAUUUAUCAUCUUUUUACAUCAUGAGCAGACAUUUAUUUUUUUUUUUUAAUUAAUUAAGAACAAGAAACUUUAUUGUCCACUAUUGGGAUAGAAAUAAAUCUGUGAGUUCAUGGAAUGACGAUAA